CGCACGGAGCGAGGGACGGAGCUGCCCAGCGCCCAGCGGCCCGCAGGGACGGGGCAGGGGGCUCCCCCAGGCCAGGCACCGCGGUGGGGGGCGCAGGGGCUGAGGGGGGCACGGCUCAGCCCGCAGCCCGCCCCACCCUGCCCGCUGCCCCCAUGCUGGAUCACCGAGCCAGGAUGGAGAGCAGCAGGAAGGAGAAGGUGGAGCAGAUCCUGUCAGAGUUUCGGCUGAAGGAGGAGGACCUGAAGAAGGUGAUGUACCGGAUGCAGAAGGAGAUGGACCGAGGGCUCAAGCUGGAGACACACGAGGAAGCCUCUGUCAAAAUGCUGCCCACCUAUGUCCGCUCCACCCCCGAGGGCUCAGAGGUGGGAGAUUUCCUGUCGCUGGACCUGGGCGGCACCAAUUUCCGUGUGAUGCUGGUGAAGGUGGGCGAGGGGGAGGAGGGGCAAUGGAAGGUGAAGACGAAGCACCAGAUGUAUUCCAUCCCAGAGGACGCCAUGACUGGGACGGCCGAGAUGCUCUUUGACUACAUCUCCGAGUGCAUCUCUGAUUUCCUGGACAAGCACCAGAUGAAGCACAAAAAGCUGCCCCUGGGUUUCACCUUCUCCUUCCCCGUGCGGCAUGAGGACAUUGACAAGGGCAUCCUCCUGAACUGGACCAAGGGCUUCAAAGCUUCCGGCGCAGAAGGGAACAACGUGGUGGGGCUGCUGAGGGACGCCAUCAAACGGCGAGGGGACUUCGAGAUGGACGUGGUGGCGAUGGUGAACGACACGGUGGCCACGAUGAUCUCCUGCUACUACGAAGAUCACCGGUGCGAGGUUGGGAUGAUUGUGGGGACGGGCUGUAACGCCUGCUACAUGGAGGAGAUGCACAACGUGGAGCUGGUCGAGGGCGACGAGGGGCGAAUGUGCGUGAACACGGAGUGGGGGGCCUUCGGCGCCUCGGGGGAGCUGGACGAGUUCCUCCUGGAGUACGACCGCGUGGUGGACGAGACCUCACUUAACCCCGGUCAGCAACUGUACGAGAAGAUCAUCGGGGGCAAGUACAUGGGGGAGAUUGUGCGGCUGGUGCUGCUGAAGCUGGUGGAUGAGAACCUGCUCUUCAACGGGGAGGCCUCUGAGAAGCUCAAGACCCGCGGGACCUUUGAGACCCGCUUCAUGUCGCAGAUCGAGAGUGACUCCGAUGACCGCAAGCAGAUCUACAACAUCCUGUCGGGCUUCGAGCUGCUGCCGUCGCGGACGGACUGCGAGAUCGUGCGCCGGGUGUGCGAGAGCGUGUCCACGCGCGCCGCCCAGAUGUGCUCGGCGGGGCUGGCGGGCGUCAUCAACCGCAUGCGCGAGAGCCGCAGCCAGGACACCCUCAAGAUCACCGUCGGCGUCGACGGCUCCGUCUACAAGCUCCAUCCCAGCUUCAAGGACCACUUCCACGCCACAGUGCGGCAGCUGACACCCGGCUGCGACAUCACUUUCAUCCAGUCCGAGGAGGGCAGCGGGCGUGGGGCCGCCCUCAUCUCGGCCGUGGCCUGCAAGAUGGCCUGUAUGAUGGGGCAGUGAGCUGGACUCGGGGGCGGCGGGGGGCCGGUGGUCCCGCUCGGAGCGCUGUGGGAGCAGACACAAAUGCAGAAAAGAGGCGGCUCCAGCCCCCCAAUAAACGGGGUAUGUGUGGA